AUGACUUGUGACUUAAGAAGAAUGCUCAAUGUUGCGCAAAUCAAGGCCCUCCUGUGGAAAAAUGUUCUCGUCCGAAUACGACAACCCUUGAUGACCAUUGUGCAGUAUAUGUGGCCAUGUCUUGUGUUCCUGUCCCUAUAUACUGCUCGGACGCGCUUCGAGCCCGAACUGAUGGAUCCAUGUCAAUUCCCAACGAGACAACUCCCAUCCGACAAUCAGCUUCUGCAUUCCAUACAUUCCUACAUCUGCACAUUCGAGAACCAAUGCCUUCCGGUGGGGGAGUACCAAGAAGUAUCAGCUUUUCCGGAUGCUCCACUCACACCAGCGCUGAACAUUAUUCAGACGUUUCUCAAUGAACCAUCGCUUUUCGACGCCGUCACGGGUCUGGCUGAGAGGCUGGAAUUCAUCCCAGCCAUUAUAGCGAUUGCAGCCAAUAAAAAGUUCUCCAUUUUGGAAGGAAAUAUAAAAGUGAUCAUGCAGAGACUUCCUGAAUAUGAGAAUUUACUGGGAGCAUCAUUCGAUGUUAAACAGCUGUUCUCAGACGACAGAAUGCUAUCCGAAUCCGGCAAAAUCAUGUGUGGGAAACCAUUUCCGCGAGCUGACAAUAUACAACUUGUUGAUCAAGUGCUGGCAUCGGAAGAUUUCAGUGAUGAAGAUCGUGAUGAAAUCGACGCUAUGCCAACUCCUUUCUGCAAGCAACUGUACAAAGACGUCACUAAAACUAAUUACGGAAAAAUCACUUGGUCAUUCCUCAAGCCAAUCAUCCAGGGAAAAAUCCUCUAUGGGCCCAUUAGUGAGAAAAAUGACAAAAUUAUCGAAAAUGCAAACACAACUUUCCACGAUUUUGGUCGGUUGAGAUUGUUCGCCAAAUCAAUUGAACAUGUCCUGAUACAAGUGAAGACCAACGAUGAGGUGCGGGAUAAGUUUCUAAAGCUCCUCCAAUUGACUCAAUCACCCUUUGUUCAGUCAAUCAUAAGCAGUGCAAAUUUGGAUCCGGCGGCAAUUGAGGGAAUGUUCAAUGGGAUUCUCUACGAUAACCGAAUCUUGGACACUGUAACACUGAUUUCAAGUGUUUUGGACUGCUUCUCCGCAGACAGAUUCGUUGGUGUGACAUCUGAGGAGGAGCUCGAAAAGAUGGCAGUGAAGUUGCAUGAGAAGAAGCUCUUCUGGGCUGGAGUGUAUUUCCAGCACAAGAGCGAAAAGGACUUUGGAUACAAGCUCAGAAUGACGGUCGAUGACACACCGAAGACUAGCGAGAAGAAGAGCGCAUUUUGGUUCCCAGGACCCGAAGGGAGCUUUGAGUUGGAUCUCAAGUAUCACAGAGGAUUUGUCCAUAUUCAGCAAAGCAUUGAUUUGGGCAUAAUUAAGUCACAGAAGGUUCUAACACCACCGCCGGUUGUGGAGGAGAGUGACGACGAUGAAGAUGAUGAUUUCGAUUCGGGAUUAUCCUUGGACGCUGAUGACGAUCUCGUGGAUGAUUUCGAGUCGAAAAAUAUUACAACUUCUAAGACAACAACAGAAUCUGCAAAGACUUCAACAAAUGGUCAGGAGAAUGUAUCAGAAAGUGAGAGUGUUACUGAAGAAGGAACCACACCGUUAACAACAGAGACACCACAAGACACUACAAAUGCUCCGCUAAGUCGACAGAAGAGAGCUGGAAUUGGCGAUAUUAUGGGGAUGAUGUUUGGUGAUAGCGAGAAAGAGGUUUACUACGGAUACCAAAUAAAUACAGCACAGUAUUACACAAAACAGUUCCCGUAUCCAAAGUACACGAAAGACACCUUCAAGCGAGGCCUCUAUAUGGCUCAUGCUGUGCAAAUGACAUUCUUCUUUGCACUCAUCGUCAAUAUCGCCUUUAUACUGCGCGAUCGAGUGUGGAUGAAGGAGAGCGGAAACAGUUCCUUGAUGCGUGCCAUGGGAUUGCUGAGGACAUCAGAAGACUUGACAUGGUUCAUGGUGUCAAUCGCCGAAUUAGGAUUUGUCUUCUUCGCCUCAAUAUUCAUCCUCUACAGCGGUGGCAUUUUGAGCUCCACCAAUAAAAUCUUCCUCUUCUUCUACCUUAUGACCUACGGUGCCUGUAUCCUCGCUUUCUGCUACAUGUGCUCCUCCUUCUUCGCAUCCGCCAGUAUCGCCUGUGUCUCGUCCGUAAUACUCUUCCUCUCCACAUUCCUUCCCUACAUUCUCGUCAUAUUCUUCGAUGCAAAAUUAACCGCAGCAUCGCGAUUUAUCACGAAUCUCUCCUUCUCCACGGCAUUCUGUAACGCCUGGCACUACAUCUUGCGACAGGAGAUCCAAUUCAAGGACCUGUCCUUCCACAAUGCAUUCACAGGAAGUACAAAUGACAAUGAAUUUAAAUACGGAUAUCUUAUGCUUCUCCUGGACAUGCUAGUUUAUCUAGUCAUUGGAUUCAUCUCUGAGCGCUUCAGAAACAACGAGAGCAACUUCUACGAUGUGCCUACGAAGAAUCUCGACUCCCAAACAGGAGCAGUGAUGACGAAAGUCUCCAAGUACUAUGACACCUCCAAAUUGGCGGUGUCCAGUGUGUCCAUCGCUUUCAAGAGAGACCAAAUAACAUGUCUACUGGGUAGAAAUGGUGCUGGAAAGAGCACGAUUAUUAAAAUGUUGACCGGACAAAUUUUGCCAUCCUCGGGAGAACUCUACAUUCAAACCAGCAGAAAGCUGAAGGGAAAGCAUGUCGGUCUCUGCUCCCAAAACAACAUUCUGAUACCUCAACUCACGGCUAAGGAGCAUCUAAGUCUCUAUGCUGCAAUCAAGAUAGGCAAUGACUACCAUGAGGAGGUUCGAAGAGUGCUUGAUGUGCUUUCUCUUGGGAAAUAUGAGCGAUACAUGAGCAGUGAGCUUUCAGGAGGAUACAAAAGACGUCUGUCCAUUGGCAUUGCCUUCCUCGGAUCACCAAGUCUGGUGAUUCUCGAUGAACCUUGCUCAGCCAUCGACUCGAAAGCUCGCAAGAACAUCUGGGAGUUGGUUGAGAAACUCAAAAAGGGACGUGCAAUCGUCCUGGCGACACACUAUUUAGACGAAGCUGAGCAUCUCGGAGACAACAUUGUCCUGAUGAACAACGGCAAGAUCAUGACCGAAACAUCUCCCAGUGCUGUGAAGAAUGAACUCACGCAAUCUUUCGUCAUGAAGGUCACAUUGCCGCAAAUGGAGGAAGUGAUACGCUAUCAGAACAUCGAGGAUCUGAAGACUGUGAUUGAAAAUCAAAUUCCUAAUGCUUCAUAUGAUAUUCAGGGUCACGAGAUCAGCAUUACAUUGCCCUACUACACCAACUCAGUUCUCAAUGACUAUGAGCCACUUCUGAAAGUAAUGGAAAAAAUGGAAGACGAGGGAAAAAUUGUUCAAUUGAAUAUUGUUAGUAAGAACCUUGAAGAUAUUUUCAAUCAAUACAAUGCAUCUCCAAAUGGGAAUUAUCAUAACGGAGCGCCGCCGUUGGUCUUGGAUAAGAAAUUAACACUGACGAAGGACAGUAAACCCAAAUUCCAAGAGAAUCAGCAAAUGGGCCUCGUUGAUCUUGUGAAAAUUCUAUUUUGGAAGAGAAUCACGCACUUCAGGAGAAACUAUCGUGCCUUGAUAUCAAUUCUGCUGCUGCCAGCGAUAUUUGAACUCAUUGCAAUGGGCUUUAUGAAGCUGAGACCUCCAGAUGAUUACGACGUCGCUCUCAAGUUCACCCCGGAAAAUUACCCAGGCAGCAAAGAAUUCUACUCUCUCAGCAAUGGAAAUAAUUUCACGUCGGGCGUAUAUAAUCGGAUCACUGAACACUGCACAGGAAACGACAGUUGCGAAAUAUUUGAUAACUCCAAAGAGGCUUUCAAGUGGAUUCUGAAGACCAACGAUGAGUACGAAGGACGUAGAUAUGGCGGAAGUACCUUCAAUGACUCCAGAGCCAUUGUUUGGUACAACAACAAAGGAUAUCACUCCAUGCCAUCGUAUCUUAAUCAACUGAACAACGCCCUGUUCAAGGAAGAACUCAACGACACAGGCUAUUCUAUAGAAGCAACCAAUCAUCCGUUCAAGCUGGGACAAGCGCUAAGCACAACUUCUGUGCUGCAACAAGUUGCCGAUGCUGCAAUCGCCCUAAUCCUCUUGGUGGCUAUGAGCUUGGUCUUGGCCGGCGGAUCUGUGUUCAUUGUGAGUGAGCGCGUGAGUGGCGAAAAGCUCCAGCAGAAGCUCUGCGGAGUGUCUAGGAAGAUUUAUUGGGCAGUGGCAUUCUCCUGGGACUUUCUUAUCUACAUAGGAGCGAUAAUUUUGGCUGUGAUAAUAUUUAAAAUAUUUGCCUUGCCCAUUUUCGUAGCGCGUUCUCAACUUUAUGGCUUUAUUAUGCUAUUAUUCUUCUUCGGCUUCGCAUUGAUACCAUCCAUUCACGUGGCCGAGAAAUUCUUCAGUGACGCAAGUUACGCGAAUAUGACAAUCUUCUGUCUCAACAUUAUAAUUGCACUCUCCACGCUAGCAAUUAUACUCAUGUUUGACAUCAUUGGAGAGUCUGAGGAGAGUGUAAAGGUGCGUAACUUCCUCAACAGGGCCUUCCUAAUCUUUCCUCAGCACGCCCUCAGCGAUGGCUUGCUGGAGCUCUGCAAGAACUACAUUACAGCUGUGUUCUUCACUAAAUUCGGCAUUGACUCCUACAAAAGUCCAAUUGCAUCGGAUCUUCUGGCUCCACACAUAUCACUGCUCAUUGUGGUGGGAGUGGCGGCGAUGAUAACAAACUAUGUCAUCGAAAGUGGCUUGUGGAGAGUCAUCCUGGCUAAAGUGUAUCACGAGAAAAACUUCACUGGAGAACUUCAGAUUGUAUCUAUUCAGAACACCCUGCAGAAGGACACGAAAUUCAACUUAAAGGACAAGAGCAACUGCUUGGUUGCAGAGAAUUUAUCCAAGACAUAUGGAAAGGGAGUUUUAGCGCUAAAUAAUGUGAGUUUUGCCGUGAAGAGUGGAGAAUGCUUUGGCCUUUUGGGUGCCAAUGGAGCAGGAAAGUCCACAAUAUUUGGUAUCCUCUCGGGACAAUUCAAGCAGACAUCGGGAACUGUUGAGUUUAUGGACUGCAAGGGAAUCUCUUACUGUCCUCAAACCAAUGCCGUUGACAAUCUCUUAACAGUAAGAGAAGUAAUAACGUUCUACGGGAAAUUGCGCAUGAUUGACAACUUGCACAGCCUGGUCGCAAACACUCUGGCCACUUAUCAUUUGGAGCCUUAUGAGAAUGUCCUGGUGAAGAAUCUCAGCGGAGGAAAUCGCCGCAAACUGAGCGUAGCUGUGACUUGUAUGGGAAAUACGAGCCUAGUUUUGAUGGAUGAGCCAACAAGUGACAUGGAUCCCGUGACACGGUCCUUGGUCUAUAAAUCCAUCGAGAAUCUAAUCAAGCAGAAUCGGUCUGUGCUUCUCACAUCGCACACAAUAUCAGAAAUCGACAAUGUGUGCCAUCGUAUUGCGAUAUUGAAAAAUGGACAGAUUAUUUCCACGGGAACUCCCAGUGAGCUCAAGACGACAUGUGGCAACAGCUACGCCGUCACGAUCUUUUUCGACAAAGUCGAAAGCCUCACUAUUGAGAGGGACCUCAAGCGUGAAUUUCCUAACGUAGAAAGUCUCAUGAUUCACAGCCAUACACUUCAAUUUAUUGUCCAAGUUAAAUCAACAAACUGCACGACGACAGCUGAGGAAUCGCCAUGGCUCUUGAGUGAAUUAUUCUCUAAGCUCCAUCGGUUUUGCGCCGAUCGAAAUAUCUCAUUCACAGUAUCUCAAUGUCUAUUAGAUAGGGUUUUCGAGAGAAUCUUGGACAGCGAGCCUUCGUCCUACGUCAAUCAGGCCUUCGUGCAGAACGAGACGGCAACGUAAUGCUUCCGGAGUUCUGGCAAAAUGCUGUUACCCCGAUUUAAAUACUAUAGUAUUCGUAGAAAUAAGUCAAGGAAUGGUGAUGUGUUUGGUGUGUUGACUAGUGUGUAACUUUACAAAAUGUUUUACAGUCAAACCAAUACUUUUGGAAGUCAGUCAGAAUAUCAGAAAACAUAUGCAUUAAUUAAAAGACAAUAAAAAAAUUGAUUUCUUCACCUUAUCGAAUCAGAGACUCGAUAAGCAAUUUGCUGUAUUUUACAAUUAGAGACCAACGACAUAACAAAGACAGUAAAGUAGUAAUUAGAGGUGUUACUUAAUGUGGCAAAAUUUUUAGUUUUAGUUUUAAGUGUGAUAUGCAGAAGAAAAAAAACACAUUUAAUCUACUUAAAUUGUUAUUUUUGUGGAACAAGCAAAAAUAAAGUCCAUGGGUGCCAAAAACUAUACAACACUCACACU